CAAGGGUGAGAGCAUUUACGCGCGAUCCAGUGGGCGAUCUCCAGCUGCCCUGCUCUGCCAUCAGGACUAAUUUCAUCAUGAAAACUUUUAAACUCUUUAUUUCGACAUAAGCUGCUUUCCUGUUCGUGGUGCAUGGAGAGAAAAAACCCAACAACUUUUACCACCAGACACCAUCUGUGCGGCGGUGAAGUUAUUCCGUCUUAUUCUGGUGCCAAUUAUACAGCCUGUGUGUUAAAGCCUGCCCGGUUGCCACUGACCCUGUUAGCCAGCUUUAAUGUCAACUCCCUGGCUCCAAAGUGGAGGGAAUUACCCCACUUUUAGUCUCCAAUCAGGAAAAAAGGGAGCGCAACACAGCAAAAUGCAGAGCUUGACUCUAUUCAACCCAUGCACUCUUUUCAGGGUCUGACUGCUCUUGCUUUCUGGUGAAACAAAGGGUCAGGACUGUGUGGAUAAAACCCUGAGGGUUUUGACAUUUCAGCCUUACUGUCUUUUUUUUAGUUUUUGCUCCUCUUCUGGCCUCACUGCCUUUUGGAGGGGGCCCAGAUGAUGGGGUGGUGCUGCUCAGGCAUAUGCAGAGCCCUGGCUCUCCUGGCACUCUUGUUUCCCUUGUGGGAGAGGGGCUGCUGGGGGCUGAAUCCCAGCUCUGGGGAUCUGGAGAAGUCCCCACACUCUGAUCCAGACCCCUGGGAGACCCUGCACAGGCACAAACGCAGCUGGGUAUGGAACCAGUUCUUCGUGUUGGAGGAGUACACAGGGAAUGAACCACUCUACGUUGGCAAGCUACACUCAGAUGUGGACAAAGGAGAUGGCAAGGUGAAGUAUGUGUUGUCUGGCGAGGGCGCUACCUCCAUCUUCACCAUUGAUGAGAACACAGGUGACAUCCAUGCCACGAAACGCCUUGAUCGGGAGGCACAACCCUACUAUACCCUCCAAGCUCAAGCUGUAGACCGACUCACCAAUUUACCCGUAGAGCCCAGGUCUGAAUUUGUGGUCAAGGUCCAGGACAUCAAUGAUAAUGAGCCAAAGUUUCUUGAUGGACCAUAUAUGGCAGGGGUACCAGAGAUGUCACCCCUAGGAACCAUGGUAGUGCAAGUGGCAGCCACAGAUGCAGAUGACCCAACAUAUGGGAACAGUGCCAGGGUGGUCUACAGCAUCAUCCACGGACAGCCGUACUUCUCUGUGGAGCCCAAAACGGGUGUCAUCAGAACAGCUCUGCCCAACAUGGACCGGGAGACGAGGGACCAGUAUGUGCUGGUCAUCCAGGCCAAAGACAUGGUCGGCCAGAUGGGUGGCCUCUCCGGCACCACCUCCGUCACUGUCACUCUUACCGAUGUCAAUGACAACCCGCCUCGGUUCACACACAAGAACUAUCAGUACACAGUGCUGGAGUCGCUGCCGGUGAAAUCUGUGGUGGCCAGAAUCAAAGCAGCUGAUGCCGACAUAGGCUCCAACGCAGAGAUGGACUAUAGGAUCAUGGACGGCGACGGGCCUGGCAUGUUCAACAUAACAACAGAUGAGGACACACAAGAUGGGGUCAUCAUCCUUCUGAAGCCUCUAGACUUUGAAACAAAGAGCAGCUUUUCUCUGAGAAUCGAAGCCACAAACAGGAAUAUUGACUCCAACUUCUUGAGCUUGGGCCCAUUCAGCGACACAACAUCAGUCAGGGUGACAGUGGAAGAUGUGAACGAGCCACCUGUCUUCUCCACGCCACUUAAAAAGAUGGUUGUUUCGGAGGAUGCCAAAGUGGGCACCUCAAUUGGGAGAGUCACUGCCCAUGACCCAGACAACUCCAACAAUGCCAUCAGGUACUCCAUCGACAGAAACACAGACUUGGAGCGCUUCUUUAAUGUGGACGCCUUAAGUGGGGCCAUCAGCACAGCCAAGCCUCUGGACCGAGAGGCCAACUUAGUCCACAACCUCACCAUCUUCGCCAUUGAGAGCCAGGACCCAACCCAAAUUGGAAAAGGCAUCUCUCUCAUCACAGUGCUGGACAUAAAUGAUAAUGCCCCGGUCUUUGCCAUCGACUAUGAAACUCGCCUCUGUGAAAACACCAUGCCCGGACAGGUGAUCCAGACCAUCAGCGCGGUGGAUAAGGACGAGCCUCUGAGCGGUCACCGCUUUUAUUUUGCCCUGGCUGCACCUGUUGCCGGCAACCUCAACUUCACCCUGCGAGAUAACAAAGACAACACAGCAUCCAUUUUGACAAAGCGAGGGGGUUUCAGGAGACGGGAGCAACCUGUGUAUCGGCUGCCUGUGUUGAUUGUGGAUAGUGGAAGUCCUGCUCUCAGCAGCACAAACACACUCUCAGUGCGUGUGUGCGACUGUGACUCUGAUGGUGUUGCCUUAUCUUGUGGGGCUGUGGCCUACACUGCGACCGGCCUGAGCACUGGCGCCCUCCUGGCUAUUUUAGGCUGCAUCAUCACACUUCUGGUCAUGGUCCUGCUAAUUGUGACAAUGCGUCGGAGGAGGAAGGAGCCUCUGAUUCUGGAGGAGGAAAGGGACAUCAGAGAGAACAUCGUACGUUACGACGACGAGGGCGGGGGCGAGGAGGACACAGAGGCCUUCGACAUGGUUGCCCUCCGCAACCUAAACGUCAUCAGAGACCCCAACGUGCGGCGAGAUGUCACACCAGAUACUCCCACCUUCUUUCAUUACCCAUCAACCACUCGCCCGGCCUAUAAAUCCCUGCCGGACAACGUGGUGUUUCGAGAGUUUAUUUGGGAGCGACUUAAGGAUGCUGAUGUGGACCCGUCAGCUCCCCCAUAUGACUCUCUGCAGACAUAUGCGUUUGAAGGCAGCGGCUCUGUAGCAGAGUCGCUAAGCUCACUGGAGUCACUAAGUACAGACUCAGAUCAGAACUAUGACUAUCUCAGCAGCUGGGGACCACGCUUCAAAAAGCUGGCCGACCUGUAUGGCAACAGCGACGGCACCGGUGUCUUCUCUUAGCCCCUAAAUUUCUCUCCUAACAUUUCUUGGACUUAUAAAAAAAAUAAGAGUAAUAUAUUGUCAGAGAAAAUGAUUUUGUCUGCCUUAGUGCAUUGGAGGAAGAUUCAAAGACAACACAAGCGAGAUUGAAAGAAAAACACUUUGACUUCAAAGGUUUUCAGUUUGUUUACCUCCUUGUAUGGAUUUUCAAAAGCGUGCCAUGGUGAGUUUUGACACAGACUUCAAAAGUGGCUUGACUGAGGAGGAAACCUUGUGUGCAAAAGACAUUAAAGGUUUCAGAUUUUGGGCUUCAGUCCAACUAUUGACUGCAGAAUGCAUACAUGUUGGAGCAUUCUUAUGGGGAGGCACCUGUCCUUUCAUUCCAGCGAUGGGCACGGGCCCAGCACUCUUGCUUUGAUGCAUUCCUUUGCUAUCUUUGUGCUAAAAGAAACAUAAACGUUUCUCAUGAAAUGCUGUCUCCCUGGCGGCUAAUCAGCAGUCACUUGACUGUUCAUAUAAAAUUUGCCGAUUUCUAUGGGUUUUUAUUUUCUUCUUCCUCUUUUUUUUGUGGGGUUCCGGGGGAGGGGGGGUGUUGAGAAGCUGUUUUUCAUAAACAUUUAAAUACGGAGCAACAUUAUUCAUGGACUCUGUCAAACAUUUCAACACUAUAUGAAAAGUGCAGUAUAAACAAGUAGUUGAUGUGCUAAGGAAGUGAUGUGAAGACAUAAGUUGUGCAAAUAAUAAAAAGAAUGACACGCUCGACAGUUUGAUGUCUCCACUGGGUAAAACAGGAAAGCAUAUCAUUUCUCUUAUUCUAACAAUACAUUUUGCAGAUGUUGCAAUGUAGUGUUUGUCUGAGUCUGUUUUUUCUUCCGCCUUUCUAUGGCCAAGUCCAAUAUGUAUGAUUUCUGAGCUAUAAUUCAGUUGUUCUGCUUUUGUAUAGGGGGCGGGGGACUGGGAACAUUUGCUACAUGAGAAAGCUUUGCUGAAGGAUCUGUCUUUGUUGUGUUUGAUAGCGAGGUUCACGCCACCUAGACUCUAGAAAAAAUUACUUGUUUCUGAAGUGACAGUCCGUAACUGGGUGAAGUUGCAGUUUGUAAGUAAAUGAAUUUUGCUUCUGUAGUUUGCAGAGUCCAGCAUAUAUUGUCAUUCAGAAAUGAAAUCAUUGAUGUCCAUGGUUUGUUUAUUGAUGGUGAAAGGACAUACUGUAUGAUAAUAAUCAUGUGCCGCAUUGUGCCAGUUUUGUUUAUCCAGCUUAAACAAGUUACAUGUUACAAUUGGGAGUCAACAUGUACAACCGAUAUGUAUUAUUAUUUAUUUUGAAGAGGCAGAAUUGUGCAAAUGAUGUUUUUAUCCUUUUGCUGAAAAUAAAAGACAUUCAGUUCCUUAAAGACUUAAAUGAUUUCUUUCAGUCCAUCUGAAUAGA